AUGAAAAAUAUUCAAUCAAUUUUUAUUUGUGUCUCUCUUAUUUUAUUUAUUUCUGCUGCAGUUGAAGGUAACUACAUUGAAUUGUGUGCCCCAUGUCUCAACGGUUAUGCCCAAGAUUGUGGCUCUAAUAAUGGAACUAUUAUUAAGUGUGUUACAAUUCCAUUGGAUGUUUGUUAUUCAAUUAAUAAUGGUAUUGUCUCUGGUUCAAUUUAUUCUUCCAUGAAUAAUUGUUACCAACAAAUUGGAGGUAUUUCAAACACUGAAAGUUGUGGUACUUGUUCAAGUGGCACAACUUUAACCUGUCAUUCUGGUAACACUACUGGAUCAACUACUGGCACUUUCAACUCAACAACAUCAGGAAUAUCCACCUUGAACAGAACUACAACUGGUCCCUACCUGACAACUGGAAGCACUACAUUCAAUCCAUCAACAACAACUGGAGGUGGAGACAGCUAUAUUCAAUUGUGUGGUGUAUGUGCUCAAGGUUCUCUCCAAGGAUGUGGUAUCUCAGGAUCAAUAAUAUGUGUUUCCAUCCCAUUAGGAAAUUAUUUACUUAUAUUUAUUUAUUUUACAUUUAGCACAUUCAAUGAUAUUUGCAGAGGUACCCCUAUUGGCUCUGCUUACUACAUUAAUUCAAUUAAUAAUGGUAUCGUCUCUGGUUCAGUUUAUCGUUCCAUGAAUGAUUGUAACCAACAAAUUGGUAGUAUUCCAAUCACUCAAAGUUGUGGUUCCUGUGAAAGUGGUACCACUGUCACCUGCCAUAAUGGUAACACUGGACCAAUCACAACUGGAUCAAUCACCGCCACUGGAAACAGUAUUUUCAAUUCAACAACAUCAUCAGGAUCUUCCACAUCGAUUGGAACAGAGGAAACCAAUAACUCUUCAUCUUUGAAAUCAAAUCUCUUUGAAAAUGGUCACUGGUUCAGUUUAUACUUCCAUGGUGAUUGUAACCAACGAAAUCGUUCUAUGUCUAUCAAUGAAGAAUGUGGUGAAUGUAAUUAUGAUUCCAUCCUCACCUGUGAUCCUGAUAACUCUACUGGAUCCAUAACAACAACAACAACAAUUGGUUCGGUAACAAACACAGUUACAACCAGAGUGAAUUCUGAUUCAUAUGUUGUGAUCAAUACAACCACCGUAUCGAGUGACUCUUCAACAUUGACAACAACCAUCACUUCAACAAUCACAUUUGGUGGAGACUCGAAUGUCGUAACAACCACAACCUACAGUGAAGGAACAAAAACCACCACCGAUACCUUCUCACUGAACAUUAUCUCUUUAAAAAUAUUUAAAAUUUCAAUCCCACAUUUCGGUGAGAUUUAA